CACAGUCUCAGAAUAAGGGGUAAGCCAUUCAGGACUGAGAUGAAGAAAGUCUUCACUCAGAGGGUUGUGAACCUGAGGAAUUCUCUCCCACUGUUGGGAAGCUGUUGGGCCUAGUUCAUUCGGUAUCUUCAAGAGGGAGCUGGAUGUGGCAUCUGCAGCUAAAGGGAUCAAGGGCUAUGGGGAGAAGGUGGGAAUGGGAUAAUAAGAUUGCAUGAUCAGUCAUGAUCGUACUGAACGGUGGUGCAGGAUUAUAAAGCCGAAUGGUAUACUCCUGCACCGACUGUCUUUCCUUCCGUGUUCUCCCCUGAGUCUGGAAAGCCAAGUUCUGGCUCCAGCACCAGAACCAGAACGAGACAAAAUGCAGACCCGCCUCCUCAUUCGCUGAUUGGUUGAAGCUCUAACCACGCCCUUCAUUCUCUGCGAUAGGCUGAAGGUCCAACCCGCCUCCUUUUCUAUGAUUGGUUAGGGCUCCCAUUAGGUCCCCUCGUUCACUCUGGUUGGAUGACCGGGCACGCCCACUCCGCCCUCUAAUCCCGCCCCCUGAUUCCUAUUGGUCCCGUCAAUCCAGCCGGCUGAGGCUGCAGCAUGUGCGUAGCUAAUUCUGGAUUCGAGCAUGCGUGCAACGAGAGGUGGCUGGAAACCAAUGUUGGUCUAUCAUAUUCAGAGACGAGAUUUAUACAGUUUGAAGGCAGCAGGAAUAUAUUUUCCUGGUUUCUGAUGUCUUCCCAGCUGCAGGCACCAGCAGGAGAUUUGAAAACCGUGAGAUUUUUUGGGAGAACAAUCAAAAGUUGAUAACGGAUAGAAAACUCGAGACAGAGCAGCCAGUCUAGAAGCCUCCAGGAUCUCUCUGCACCUCCCUGACCUUGAACUGCUGCAGUCUGUGUGGUGAAGCUAUUCCUAGAUUGCUGUUCGAGUUUUACAAGGAGAAGAUUUGCAGUGAGGAGAUUAAAACCGAACAUCACUUCAGAUCUGAUGGCGUUGCCCAGUUUAUUGCAGCCUAAAUAUCAUUGGAUUUUGAACAUGGAAGGAAAAAGCACCAUUCACAGUGGGGAGAAACCGUACACAUGUUGUACGUGUGGACAAGGCUUCAGCAGGUCAUCUGCCCUCUCACAACAUAAAUACAUUCACACUGGACAAAUGCCAUUUGUCUGCUCCGAGUGUGGGAAAGGAUUCAUGCGAUCGUCCAUCCUGCGGAAACACCAGCAAGUUCACACUGAGGAGAGACCUUUUCAAUGCCUGGACUGUGGAAAGUGCUAUAAACGUUCAGGGGCCCUCAAGUUACAUCGACGUGUUCACACUGGCGAGAGACCCUUCAGUUGCUCUCACUGUGGGGCUGGGUUCAAGCAAUCGUCUGACCUCAUUGAACACCAACGGAUUCACACUGGGGAGAGACCAUUCAGCUGCUCAGAAUGUGGGAAGACAUUCGCUCGGAAAUCAAUCCUACUGAAACACCAGCAAGUUCACACAGAGGAGAGACCUUUUCAGUGCUCAGACUGUGGGAAAUGCUAUAAAAGGUCUGGGGACCUGAUGUCACAUCAACGGGUUCACACUGAUCGGAGACCGUUCGUGUGCUCCCACUGUGGAGCUGGGUUCAGGCAGUCGUUCCAACUCACUGUACAUCAGCAAACACACACUGGGGAGAGGCCAUUCACCUGCCCUGAGUGUGGCAAGGGAUUCACUCAGAAAUCCAACCUGCUGAAACACCAGCGACUCCACACAGAGGAAAGACCUUUCAACUGUUCAGACUGUGAGAAAUGCUUUAAAAGAUCUGGAGACCUGGUGUCCCAUCAACGUGUUCACACAGACGAGAGACCCUUCAGGUGCUCUCACUGUGGGACUGGGUUCAAGUGGUCAACGCAACUCACUGUACACCAGCGGAUUCACACUGGGGAGAGACCAUUCACCUGUACCGAGUGUGGGAAGGGAUUCACUAUGAAAUCCAAACUGCUGCAUCACCAGCGGCGUAGCCACACUGGGGAAAGACCGUUCACCUGUUCCGAGUGUGGGAAGGGAUUCACUCAGUUAUCCAACCUGCUGAGACACCGGCGAGCUCACACAGGCGAGAAACCAUUUGUGUGUUCCAAAUGUGGGAAGGGAUGCACUCAGUUAUCCAACCUGCUGAUACACCAGCGGGUUCACACUGACGAGAGACCAUUCAAAUGCCCAGAGUGUGGGAAGUGCUUUAAAAGUUCCCAGGAACUGAUGUACCAUCAACGUAUUCACACUGACGAGAAACCAUUCGAGUGUUCUCACUGUGGGACUGGGUUCAGAUCAUCGUCUGAACUCACUUUACAUCUGCGAAUUCACACCGGAGAGAGGCCGUUCACCUGCUCCAAGUGUAGGAAGGGCUUCAUUCGGUUAUCCAGCUUGCUGAGACACCAGCGAGUUCACACAGGGGAGAGACCAUUCAUCUGCUCUGAAUGUGGGAAGAAAUUCAUUGAUUCCUGCAACCUGCUGACACACAAGCAGAUUCACAUGGGAGAGAGGCCGUUCACCUGCUCCGAAUGUGAGAAAGGAUUCACUCGCUUGUCAAACUUGCUGAGACAUCAGCGAAUUCACACUGGUGAGAGGCCAUUUACGUGUUCAGAAUGUGGGAAGGGAUGCACUCAGUUAUCCAACCUGCUGAUACACCAGCGGGUUCACACUAACGAGAGACCGUUCAAAUGUCCAGAGUGCGGGAAGUGCUUUAAAAGUUCCCAGGAACUGAUGUCCCAUCAACGUGUUCACACUGAUGAGAAACCAUUCAUGUGCUCUCAUUGUGGGACUGGGUUCAGGACAUCAUCUGAACUCACUGUACAUCGGCGUAUUCAUACUGGGGAGAGGCCAUUCACCUGCUCCCUGUGUGGGAAGGGAUUCACGCAGUCAUCCAGCCUGCUGUCACACAAGCGAGUUCACACUGGGGAGCGACCGUUCACCUGCUCUGAGUGUGGAAAGAAGUUCACUCGGUCAUCUUGUCUUCUGAAACACCAGCGAGCUCACAAGUCACUCCAAUGAUGGAUUUUGCAGGUAAUCACAUCCAGUCCUGAAGCAUGUUCAUUGGGAUCUGUUUCUGUGAUUAUUCACAAAUUCAUCCCACUUCCAGGGGUUAAUAUUGUGCAUAAAAGACAAGUAAAUCAACUUUGAAUUAAAUAUAUUGUGUUGAGUCUUUAUAAUUGCUCACCGUAUUAUCCCAGUUUGGGUCCUCGUGAAGAGCUCUCCCUUUCCCCUGCUUCCUCCGUCCUCACCUCCGACAAUAAGUGUGAAGAGCUCGUGGAGCUACUUGGUCACUGAGAUUGAGACAAUCGGAUCAUUUGCCUCUGCUGCAUGUCUCCUUUCCAAUAGAUCACCCUUGA